ACAUCAUCACACACCUCACCAAAGAGAAGCAGUUCCAGCCAUCGCAUUAGGGGUGAGUUAAUUCAAUGUUUGACCAAAUAUAACAGGCUAAUUUUUAAGUUGCUAAUUUUUUAUGGCCUGCGAAUGAUGGUAUAAAUAUCCAAAUGGCCCUUGGCAGAAAAAAGGUUCCUCCUGCAAAGAGCAUUUUGAGCCUCAUUCUGACUGAUGUGGAUAAAACAAUUGCAGAAUUAUUACGCAGCAUCUGACUACCUGAUAUUUUAAUAUUCAUAUUUCAUGCAAAUAUACAAUGCAGAUCUUGUUAUGAAUUGCAAUAUCAGGGGCCUCAUUUUCACAUCGGCACACAAUCUUAAGAGCACUUUUUACUGAUAUUAUUUGCAUACAUUGUAAUUUUAUCUGAAAAAGAUAAACUCACAUUGCUUCAAUCCUUUUCCAAUGACUUUGCUUACCCUAACGAUGUUCAACUUGUCACAUGUCUUUUCUGUACAUGUACUGCCCUUUUUUGUCCAUCUACUGUGGGAUGGAGGCCUCCCCACACCCCGCAUGGGGGUUGUUUGAACUUUCUCUGGUCAGUGCGAGUUGGUCGAGCUGGAGAGCAGAGGCUUUGGAGGCUGGCGGAGGUACCUGUACAUGAUAAACCUAGACUCCCCAUCGGAGCUGGUGAAGAAAAUCUCCCGGCAGAGCAAGUGGGACGUCGGCGCCGUGCAGUGGAACCCCCACGAAGUGUCCAAGCAUUUCUUCGCCGCUUCGUGCAACCAGCAAGUGGACUUAUACAAGUGGAAGGAUGGCGUUGGGGAGGUUCCAACAUCAUUGCGGGGACACACGCGUGUGAUCAGUGACCUGGACUGGUCUUGGUUUGAGCACGAGUACCUGGUCACCUGCUCUGUAGACACGUACAUCUACAUCUGGGACAUCAAGGACACAAGGAAGCCAGCCAUCUCCCUCUCAGCUGUUGCUGGGGCAUCCCAAGUUAAGUGGAACAAGAGGCAGAGGGACACUCUGGCGACAAGUCACGACGGGGAUGUGCGCAUCUGGGACAAACGGAAAGCCACAGCACCCGUGGAGUAUAUGGCUGCCCACCUGUCCAAGAUCCAUGGGCUAGAUUGGCACCCAGACAAUGAAUUCAUAUUGGCCACCUCCAGCCAGGACAACUCCGUCAAGUUCUGGGACAUUCGAAACCCUCGGAAGAACAUACAUGUGUUGUCGUGCCAAGUUCCUGUGUGGAAAGCACGGUAUACGCCUUUCAGCAAUGGGUUGAUCACGGUGAUGGUGCCGCAGCUUCGGCGCGGUGAGAACAGCCUGCUGCUGUGGAAUCUGGGAGAGCUGGGGGCACCUGUGCACACCUUUGUAGGGCACAACGACGUGGUGUUAGAGUUCAACUGGCGCAAGCAGAGGGAAGGACUAAAGGACUUCCAGCUUGUGACGUGGUCCCGCGAUCAGAGUCUGCGCAUCUGGAGGAUCGACACACAGCUGCAGAGGCUGUGUUCCAGUGACAAUCUCGAUGGCACCGAUGACCUUUUGGAUGACUACACGGUGACCCCUGACAUGGACAAGGGCUACUCGGCCCCCGACGCGGAGCCCAGCCCCCCCCCACGGCCGUCCAACCACGAGGACCCGGGAGUGCCGAAGGAGACCGCCGUGGUGUCCCCGCGUGGCCGCCGGAGGGGCGACGCUGCCGUGCAAGGGCAGCCCCAGACGCUGCAGCAGGAGUUCUCGCUCGUCAACCUGCACAUUCCCAACGUGGCCGUGGAUGAGAUGGAUGCCUUGAACCGGAGCUGCACGGUGUGCGUGCAUUGUGGUAGCCACCUGGUGAAGAUGGUGGUGGCUUUCCCUGUGAGCUACCCCAACAACGCUGUUCCCACCUUCAAGUUCAUCAGCCCAACCUCCAUCGAUGCCUCUACGAAGACACGCCUACUCAAGACUCUCAAGGACACUUCGCUGCAGAAGGUGAAGAGGAACCAGAACUGCUUGGAGCCGUGCCUGUGGCAGCUCGUGUCCUCGCUGGAGAGCAUUGUGAAUCAAGAUGGCGGUGGAGGCAGCUCGGGCUCCCCGAACCCUUACACCCUCACCAACCCCGUGCCAUCUCCGCUACCGUUCCACCGCGUCAGCAACACCUACGGCUCCUACCAGGACUCCAACAUCCCCUUCCCUCGCACGUCGGGGGCUCGCUUCUGCGGAGCAGGUUUCCUCGUCUACUUCAUGCGGCCCAUGAUGAUGAACCGCUCCGUCUCGCCCACAGAGCCCACGCCAAGGUCUCUGUCGGCGCUGUCGGCGUACCACAGCGGCGUCAUCACGCCCAUGAAGAUCCGCUCGGAGUCGCAGACCAACCUGCGCCUUUACAGCAGCAGCCCCACGCACAACGAGAAGGAAGUGUCCAUCAGCUCCUUCUACUACAAAGAGCGGAAAAUUCGGCGAACCAAGGUGAAGAAGGAGGGUGGUGACUUGACCAACAGCCGACCCAUCAAGGCUGCCGGCAAGGUUAUUGUGCAAGACAUCUCUUGCCUGCUGCCCAUUCAUCGGCAGCUGGCCGAGCUCUACACGCUGGAAGUGAAUGAUGUUCAGGAGAUGUGCCAGAAGAAUGCUGCAGCGGCCGCCAGCAUCGGUCGCAAAGAUCUGGUUCAGGUAUGGUCAUUGGCAGCUGCCUCCACGAGUGAGUUUCUGCUGCCAAGUGACAACCCAGACUCCGAGAGCCCCUGGGCGUGCCAUCCCUUCGGCCGGCGUUUCAUCGACUCCUUGCUCACCCACUACAGCCGAAUGCAUGACGUGCAGACGCUGGCGAUGCUGUGCAGCGUGUUCGAGGCCCAGAGCAGGCCACACGAGAUGGGGGCGAUGUCCGGGGAUGCGCGAGGGCUCGGAAAGAUGCAGGCCGCGUCGGGUUUGCCGUCCGCUGGCUACACUUCCUCGGGUUCUGGUUCCAGUGCUUCGGACAACGUGUACACGUCCGGAGGUUGGAACAUUGUUUGGCGGGAAGGCGAGGCAGCGCCGUGGCUGGAGUCUCCGGACGAUUCCCGCUAUGGGGACCACAAGCACGUUGACCCGCGUGAGCGCGAGAGGGAGCAGCAUGAGAAGAACAAACGUCUCCUAGACCCUGUAAACUCACUGCAGUACGAUGAGUUUAAGAAGUGCUAUGGCGAAAUCCUCUAUCGCUGGGGGCUCAAGGACAAGAGGGCAGAGGUGUUAAAGUUUGUUUCCUGUCCACCCGACCCUCACAAGGGUGUAGAGUUCAGCACUUGCUGCUACCAGUGUGGCUGCGAGGCACGCAGCUCCCAGUGCGCCAACUGCAAGGGUUUCUCCUUCCAGUGCGCCGUGUGUCACGUCGCCGUGCGCGGCUCCUCCAACUUCUGCCUCUCGUGCGGCCACGGCGGCCACUCCAGCCACAUGCUCGACUGGUUCUUGGGGCACAGCGAAUGUCCCUCCGGCUGCGGUUGCCGCUGCCUGCAGCUCAACGCGUUCUGACCUCGGCCCACGACGGGAAAUGAAACGCGUGUUCGUCGGCAAUGGAAAAAUGCAUCCCACCAACAAAAAAAAACCGUCGACGAUGUAAAUAAUGUUUAACCGGCAGCAAAAGAUGAAUAUAUUAUUACAGCUGUUAAAAUAUAUAUAACAAAAAUAUCACAGAGUGAAAAUACAUUGUGGUCAGUGUUAUCCGGUGAUUUUGAGGCAAGCGUUGGGUGGAUCGUGUGGAUAUGUGAAACUUUUAAACCUGCUGGGCUGUGUAAUGGCCAAGAACAUGGCAGUAGAGCUAAUGGAAUUGUUAACUCAUCUGUACGGUCCAUUGAAUGUCAUCUCCUCUAAUGCAUAGGCUUAUUCUGACCACACAUACAAACCAUUGCUUCAAAUUGAAUUGGCCCAACAUUUUUAUUUAGGAUGCGCUUGAAAAAAUGGUGUGACUAAAUGACACUUUCCUGAAUAAAUGAUAUUUGAUAAUUUUCACUUACAGCUGACAUUUUAUUCGAAGAAUGCUCACCCAUCUAGACCUUAACACACUCUGGCAACACGAGUAGCCAGUGGAGCAAACCCCAUGAUGGACUUAUCUUAUGCCACUGCUGAGAUUAAUUACGUAAUAAUCUUUAGAAAUACUUGGCUAUGGGUACCUGGGUCGACCAGGCAUUUCAUUCAAAGCCUUUUGAUCCAGCGAUCAACACUGGCCCAUCAUGGGGUUGCGCCACCAUUUGCUAAUAUGUGUGCAUGUGUCUCGGUACUCAUUUGUUGGCAAUUUAAAAUAUAAAUGCUGCCUGGUACCUUUUGCUGCUGGCUAGUUUUUAUCUGAUGGGAUUCAUUUUCUGACAAUCUGCUUCCCAGUGCAACCAUGGAUUUAGUGUCCCCCUGGUGGAACCGACUCUUACAACCCAGACAUUAUGGACCAUGACCUAAUCCACGUUUUAAUCAUUAUUCAAGUGCCAAGUACAAAGCUUGUGGAAAUGUUGCAGACUUUAAGAUUUUCCCCCAAGCUCAGAGCAGGGGUUUUAAAACCCUGCCAAGGGUACAGGAUAGAGUCUUCUGCACAAUGACCCCAAAAUGUGAGUGCACUGAUUAUUCGGAUACCCAGACAUCUCCAUUUAAUUUGCAUAGUUUAAAUAUAACGGUUGUAUUAUUCGGCAUUAAGCAUCGUUCCGUUUUCCAACAGUGGGUUAUUAUCUCUGCUCUGAGUUCUGUGGCUUUUCCAGUUACAUUUACAGCAUGAACGCACGGACAGAUGCCAUUCUUUCUCCUUGAACAUAUGGACUGGGUGUGGUUUGGGAAACGUAAGAGCAGCUGUUCUUAACGUUCACCCUCUUGGUGCGCCAGCCACUCUCCUCAAACCUCGGAAAAGUCGGGUGCUCAACGCUUCACAAAUGGGAAAGCUGGACCGUGUUGGACCACAAGAUCCGAUGUUGUAAACCACUUUUGAAGAGCCAUAGUUGUAUUAUUGAGCGUUGAAAUGUGUGAAUGGGCUGUACAAGGAUGUGGUGUUGAACUAGAGAUGUUUUUUUUGUCUCCAUCCAAGGAUCCCUUUGUUUAUUGCAGCAAGGUUUUGUGAUACUCUACGUUGACCCGGGACUGGAAAUCUAUGCAACCUUAGUCAAAGCCUAAGCCACACUCGUCAGUAUAGAACAUUGCCAACUUUCGUAAUAAACGUCCACGAUGCAAGUCAAAUAAUCCCAAUGAGGAAGAGUUGGAUACUAGCUUGAGACUUGCACUGUAGCACAUUUUUUAAACGAUUGAAUUAAUUUGGUGUGAAUUUUUUGCGACCUUAAGCAGAAGCUGAAGCCACCCUCAUUAGCGGCGGUGCAACAUUAGCAUAUUUUUUUAUUCAUUAACAAUUUAAGUAAAUCAGAAAGGUGAAUUGUUAGAUACUGGCUUGAGACUUUUGCACUGUAACGUGUUUAAUGUUAGGAUAUCUCAUUUUGUGUUCCAAUUAACAAGAAAUUCUGCCGUCCAAAUCAGCAAAACAAGGUUAUUUUAGGACAGGUUGGUUAAUUGUAAAGUGUUAAAUGUCUUGGGACUAUGGUGUUAAUCCUGGGCAGCAGUUGAUGAGAAAAUGACAGCGGUGUUGGGCUGAGUUGAAUGCCCAACAGUCUCGUCUGUAUGCCUCUGGAGAACGUUUGCUUUAAAAUUGAAGUUUAAAAAUAAUAUUAAAAAAAUUAAGACGAAUUUAAAACGUAGUUCUUCACAACCGAUAUUACUCAUGAUAACAUUUUUUUGGUUAACAAAUGUUAAAUGUGUUGUAAACCUAUCCUCCACCAGACGACCGAUCGCAUGAACAUAACGUGACAAUUAGUUACUUUAGCACACCCAGUGUUAGAGAGCAAACCCACAAAAUGUACAAUUUGAGUACGACGUUUCGCUGGUGAUUUCAACAAUUAUGGCAAAUGGCUGAUGAUACUGGUUGUAAUCAAUGGCAAAACGUCAUCCUCACAUUGUACAUGUUGUGGGUUUGCUGUCUAACACACCGGUGUGCUGAAGUCGUAAAAAAUUUGGCAUGUUUUGUUCAUGCGACAAACCUUGCUAAUCGACUUGUGGGUUUACGACACAGUUACACGAUUUAACCCACAAAAGCUUUAUCAUGGAAAGUUAAACUCAUGCAAACCCCUUGCCAGUGUGACUUGAAGGCCGCAUCUUCUUGCGCUAUUUGUGGGGAGCUGAAAGAGUGAAAUAAUCACAUAACAGAUUUUUUACAUUCGACGUCAGAUAGCUCGGAACAUUGCUGGUUCAUUUAACACUCCUGGUUCGACUUUAUUUAUGAAGGAUAUGCGUACAGUAUUUGCACAUUGUGUAUCUAGUGCAAUAUAUUCCCAUAGGAAUAACAUUCAUUUUCAGCAAUUUUUUUGGUGGUAAAAAAACUAAAAUGUCAAUAUACAAGUGCUAUAUUUGUAUUGUCUGGCCAUAUUUUCAAAUGCUUCUGGUCCCUUAUGAAAUGAUGACAAUGUGGGUCAUCUUAGUUGACCAGGCUCUGAAAGCAGUUGGAACAAUGGAAAAUUUGACAGAUGGUAGUGCCUUCUUUCAGGGCUGAUGAGAUUGGCUUUAGCGGGGUAUUGCAAAGCCAUGCCAAAAUAUUAUUAAAACUGAAAAACGUUGCAUUUUUUCCUGCACAUUAUUUCACCCAAAUCCAUGGGUUCCCUUCACUCUCCAAUUUCCCAAAUUGCAUUUUAAAUAUAGAUAUCACAUUGCUCAGUUACAGUCAUAGGGUUAAUUGUUCGUUUAACAUCUUAAUAAUUGGUAUGCGCAUAUCAUGAGAUCUUUGCCAGUUGAGCGGUGCUAUUUUCCUGUUCAGCAUGUUCCAUGUGUGAGAAUUCGUCCACACGCUCACGAGACAUGUAUUUUAAACCACAAAUUAUGCCACAAAUGUCCUUUGUUGCUGAUCAAGAGCUGCAAACUGGCCAAAUAAUUAGUUACUUCAUGACAGCUAGACUGGCAUCCUCAUGUCAUUUGUAUAUAUUUAAAAUAAGGGAAUACUGAAAUUACAAGGUAAGAAUUUGGUCAAUAAUAACUAUACUUUUGUAAUAUUCGGUAUGAUUAUUGUGCGGUCUAUAUAAAUCGGCUAUAACUGUCAGGACAGGACUUGGAUGGGACCUUCUCCCAGAAUAUCUAAUAAACUAAACUUUUAUUUUAUCAGGUAAGGCCCACUGAGCAAAAUAGCUUAUUUUCAGAAGCAACAUGGCCAUAAAUGAUAGCUCAAUUUAGUGGAAAUUUAAAGCAGCCAAAUACUAAACGCGUUUCUAAAUGUGGAGGGAGAAACCUGAGGACCCAAAGAGAAAUCCACGCGACCACGGAGAUGAGCGAAUGUACAUGAUGGUUGAGCGUCCUUCAUGGUCGUGUUUCUCAACCCAAUUAUUUCAGCCAAAGGGGAGGUGGAGCAAGCCAGGUGAAAAGUGCAUAUUGGACUGGGUAGAACGUCAAUUAUAAUUGUGUACAGUGGUUUUAGUGUUGCUGACAGAAUGAUUGUUAAAACAUGAAAAAUGCAAGUACCCCUGUGGGGACUUCAUUACUGUGAAAUUUAAAUAAAUGUUUAAAGAACUGGA